CUUCGGUCCCGAAUCAAAUUUCCAACUGAUAAACCAAUUGGCACCAACUAACAAAGCUGCAAUAUCACCAACAUGAUUGGCCACAACACCAAUCAUCUAAUAAUCUAAUCUAAUCAUGCCACCGAAAGUCAUCUUCUUCGCAGGAGCACCUUCAUGUGACUCACUCGAUUGGGAUGAAUCAAACCUUCUAACAGACUUUACCGAACCCUUCAUCCAGUUCCUCCAUCUCCCUCAAUCAUAUCCGAACUCCGCACCACGAAAUAACACCAGCAUAUUAGAAUCAUCCACACCAUCUAACUUCGGACCUGACUGGCGCGAACUUCCUCUCGAUCGUAAACAUCUCGCUACAGGAGUUUCGCAAGAUCAUGCUUUCCAUGAACAUGGUGCUGCUGGUCAUGCUUUAGAUUUCUUCUCAACUACUACUUUUCUCUCUCAGUCCCAGGGUGAUUCACAAUCUCCAUCGUUAAAUUACGAUACAUAUCUCUCUACUAAUGAUGAAAAUGAGAAUUAUGACCAAGAACCUAUAGAUCAUGAAAUCAUCUCUCAUUUCUACGAACAUUCCUACGCCAUCCACGAUAUCCCCUCUUCUCAAAUCGCCCCUCAUGAUUCUUUCAUCUCCUCUAAUUCUGAUGAUGCUGGCACUUCAUUCUCGACUUCAAAUUCACUAUACGAUUCCCAAUCCAUCUUUCCACAAUCAGGAGAGGAGAAUCUUCAAAUUCCCGUGGCGGCUCAUGUAACAAAUCUUAAAGAUAUGCCUCAUGCACAAUAUCUAUCUUCGAUCCAUCCGCAAACUAUGACAGUUAAUCUCAUUGUAGGGAUUAUUUCCAUCUCGGAGCCGAGAGCAAUAGCUACUAGAAAAGGAGGCGAAGUAUCCCUCGUCGAGAUUCUAGUUGGAGAUGAAACAAAAAGUGGCUUUUCGAUUAAUUUCUGGUUAUCGGGAAAGGGAAAAGAAGAUGUGAAGGAGAUAUUAGGAAAUUUAAGAGUUCAGGACAUUGUGUUGAUGAAACAUGUGGCUCUAGGUAGUUUUAGGGGAAAGGUUCAUGGUCAGAGUUUGAGGAGGGAUUUGACGAAGGUUUGGUUGAUGUAUAGAGAAAAGAUCGAUAGGAGUGAUAUGGGUGGUUGUUAUGGGAAGAGGGAUUUAGAGGGAAAAGAGAUAGAUGUGCAGUUGGGGAAGGUUAGGAGGGUGAGGGAUUGGGUGGUGCGUUUUGUUGGGGUUGCGGCUGCUUCUAGAGGCUUAAGGGGUGUAAAGAGGGUUAGGGAGGAGCUUCCGCCGGAUACUCAGUGAAUUAUACUGUUCGCACAUGGACUCGUUAUUACAUAUACUAGAACGCCAGAAUUCCUUGGCAUUCAUGAAACUGAGAUAUCUAUUUGAAUAUAGAUAUUGAAUCUUGAUGUUCAAGCGAGAUACACAACAACUAGGUAUCUAAUAUAUUCCAUAUC